AUGGUCUUUACUCUAAUUUUACAAACUCUUGCCUACUUUGGCAUCAUCUCCAACGUCCCUACACCACCAUGGGGCGUUGACCAAGCUCCUGCCUCCUUGCCACCGUUUCCAAACCCUCCGAGUGAACUUUGGGGCUACGCAAAUGGCAUCUACGAGGCGAAUGUUGGCCAUGGUCUCAACGUUACUAACGGGCGUAGAGUCAACGUCAAGGUACUCGGAGGGAAUUGGACGAAUCCGGAUGGAUCAUUACUUGCUCACAUUCUUCCUGGCAUCGGAGGAGAUCAAGGGUACAAGGAUGCUGCCACAUUCCAUCAAGAUAUUCGGCAAACCAUGCAAUUCGUGAGCGAUAACAAGUACGGUUACGUGCGGUUAAAAGGCUACAGAAGUGGUGUUAACGUCUGGGUCAUCAUAACGGUCGAGACGGACUCAGUCGCUAACCUCAAAUUCAAUAACCGACUAUUGUACUCCGUUGCUAUGUUCAAGGGUGACACCGUGAUGGCUCCUAUAUGGGCACUGGGACCUUCUGAGCACACCCCCACGCUUUAA